AUGUCCACGUCCUCCGCAUCAACUUCUUCGGUCACUGAGCACCACAGCGAAGCCACUGACGUUGUUAACGAUGCACAAGCUGCUCAGAACGCAUGGAAGGAAGAACAAACCUCCCCCCUAACCCCAUCUUCUCACCCUCAGACUCACGAUGCUAGUACAGCUACUUUGAGCAGCGAGCCAAAGCCUUCUUCACUAUCCCCCAAUACUGUACCAACAGUCCCAGACCAAGACGACGACUUUGGCGCUUUCCAAUCUGCAUCGACUGAUCCCUUCAAGCAACCAAUCUACACACAGCAUCAAGUCGACGAAACUGAGAACUUGCUCAAUGCAGAGUCCAAUCCUGAUAUUCAGGUUGGUGUCUUCGUAGGCACUGGGUUGGUCGAACCACUUCGCGCUGGUCUAGAUAAACGUACUCGAGCAUUGCGACGCUUGAUGCGGACACUGUAG